CGCAUGUUUCUCUACCCGGAAAUGGAAGCUUUUCUGUCUUCUGCCAUUGGGAUUCAGGCAGGCUUAGGAGGUCCUCGCAGUCUUCCAGCCCUCUUCCAACGCAGAGCCCAAAAGCGCUAUGGUGUGCAUUCCCUGCAUCGUCAUUCCAGUUCUGCUGUGGGUCUACAAACGGUUCCUUGAGCCGUAUCUCUACCCCUUCAUCUCACCGUUCAUCAAGCGCUUUUGGUCCAAGAAAGCGUUGCAGGAAGUACCCAAGGAGGACCAAAAGACAGCCAUGUUCGAAUCCUCCACAGAGGUGUCUGAAAUGUCCGAAAUUGAAAGCAAUGGCGUCACAAAUGGAUUUGCUGGAAGCGGCCCGACUGAGAUACCUGACAAAAAGAUGGAUUGAAAUAAACAUGUGCUGUGGAAGCGUGGCUCCUAUAAGCAACGAACUAUCAGUCCUGUUCCUGCUUGGAAAUGUCAUUGCACUUUUUAUCAGACUGUGUAUGCACACACCUAGGGUGACUUUAAAUUAUUUUCACUAUAACUGAGGAGAGGUUUUGCUAUUGUCUUGCUCUUCUUGACACCCAGAACUUUUCCUCUUGCAAUGUAGUUGAUAAUGGUAGAGGUUUGAGCAUUAUGUUUAAUUAACACUGUUAUCACCGAGCCUGCAACUUGUUGUAAUAUUUUUUCCAGGAAUUCUACUUCGACCAACUGCUCACUUUUCCAUACUUUUCUUUUAAAAGUUAAAAGUUCUUAUAUGCUGUACUUGAACAGAGCAGCUGUGUUGAUAUUGAGAUACAGAUAAUAAAUAUUCGUAGUAGUUUA